AGGAUAGCACACCAUCAUGGGGUUGGCACUUUCAUUGAAAUCGAAGUUGGGGCUCGGGCUCCUUCUUUCAUACACGUCAUUCGAGGUGUUUAUGCAAGUUCGGACAAAGCACAUAAUAAGCCUGAGACGCCAGGAGGUCCAAAAAUUAUCGGAGUCAACAGACAUAUCGAAGUUCCGCUCAGCUACGGUAGCAGGCAUGUUCAUUAAUCCCUUUGACGAAUACAGACCCCAGACUGCCUUCGAGUUCAUUUUGGUUCGUUUCAUGGAAUUUUUCGAGAGCAUUUACGGGAAUGAGGUGGAAUUACACGAUAAGGUUCCUGGAGACGAAGAGCACGGAGACGUGGAGGGCGUUCUUAAAGCAUUCACUCCAAACUUGGAGUACCUCAGAAAGAAUUCUCAGAUAUUACAGGCAUGUGCCAAGUCAGGUGAGUUCAAGCAGCUCAUGGAGGGUGGUUCCAAAGCUAUACAGAAUCAACUUUUGUUCACAUGGUUGGGCCAAUCGUGCUCCUUGGUUCAGGUUGCAGGGAUAAACUUCUUGACCGAUCCCAUCAUGAGUGACCACCUUAUUAGUCAAUCAAUUGGCCCAAAAAGGUUCCUUAAGUCCCCGUUGAGCUAUGAUGACAUCAAGUAUGCUACCAACGAUAAAAUAGACUACGUGCUUGUGUCUCACGACCAUCCAGACCAUUUGGAAUUGGACUUCGCUAAGCAGAUAGGAAACACCACUACCUGGAUUGUUCCUUUGGGACUAAAGCUGAAAUUGGCAAGAAAAGGUAUCUACAAGGUAAUCGAAAUGGACUGGUGGGAUACUAUCCCACUUGAUGUUGCUUCUCCAGACAAGUAUGAGGUAGUAUGUGUACCUGCUAUGCACUGGUCUGGAAGGUAUGUCUUUGACUCCAAUAAGUCAUUGUGGUGCUCGUUCAUUAUAAGAAGAAACGGCGAAUCGUUGGUGUACCAUGCUGGAGAUACCGGUUACCUGAAGGAUUUGUUCAAAGUUUUGGGACACAAAUAUGGUCCAAUCCAACUUGGCUUGUUGCCCAUCGGACAGUAUUGCCCUUCAUGGCAUCAAAAGCCACGUCAUAUAUCUCCACAAGAGUCGCUACAAAUAUGUGCCGAUGCAUCCAUAAAGUUCAUGAAAGGUAUCCACUGGGGCACCUUUAAGCUAAGCAGUGAGCCUAUAUUGGAGCCUAAGUACUUGUUAGACAAGUAUGCCGAGGACAAAAAUCGACACAAAGUUCCCGAAUUUGGCUUGACAUAUUUGUUCAACCUUAAGGAGGGAACUGAAGAAGAGUUACAUGUGCAUACCAACGAGAAUUAGCGUUGUUCGGUUUUGGCUUUGGCAACGCACUUGGCAAAAUUAUAUCAAUGCAAUAAUCUUGACUUGCACGAUAAUUUACUUCAGAGGAUAUAGAUUACAUAGAAUAAAGGAAUACUACGGACGGUUUAGCAAACACUACGACUUAUUCGAAGAUGUAGUGCAAGUUUGUUCAAGUCUGGCAAUAUAGCACGAAAGCUUUGAUUCUUGCUAAAUUCACUACUGAG